GGACGUCCAUGGAGUGGAGCACGCGCCCUCGCCCGAGCUCGCCCGGAGGAGAGCUGGAGCGCCCCACCGGGCUCUCCGGGCAGCUGGGGCUGGAGCCCGGGCUCCAGUGCCGCCCCCGCGGCGGCCUGGGCGUCGCGGCAGCCCCCGCCGCCGCCGGAGUGGCGCUUCGGGCAGCCAGACGGCUUCGCCCCGCCGUACCCUGGCGCCGCCCCCGGCCCGCCGCCGGACGGGUGCCUCCCAGGCUACGCGGGCGGCCAGGAGGACGGCAUGAGCUGCUUCGGCCUGAACCGGGGCUGCUUUGGGGCUGGCGGUCUCCUCGGCCUCUUCCAGCCGGCGGCGGACAGGGGGCCGUCGGCGCUGCAGGCGAUCCCGAGGUCCAACGCGCCGGCGCGCUGCAGGUGCCGGACGGUCGAGGCAUGUACGAGCAGGUGCCAGCGCAGUGCUACUACGAGCACCCCGGCCUCCUCGGGCAGGGGGAGCCGUAUGGAGGAGCCAGCGGCGGGCGCGGCGCCGCGCCGAGCCAGAGGGGCGCGUGCCGCAAGGUCGGUGCUUGCACACUGGGGGCGCUGGGCAUGCUGAGCGGGGCCUACCUGGUGAGCCACGCCGUGGACCUCAGGGACAUCGAGACUCAGCCGGAGUCGGAUUCACGCGGCCUGCAGCAUGUCCGAGGGACAUUGGAGGAGGAGACCCCCACGACUGCAACGUGGAUGUCGCCUUCUGGGAGGUCAGCUGGUCCGACGAGAAGAAGCGCUGGUGCUGCGGCCCGCCGGGCUGCCCUCCGGCGGCCCCCGCCGCCCCGGCGCCCGCGCUGCCCGCCGGCGGCGCCCGCAGCGCCGCCCUGCCCGCGCGGCAGGACGACGCCGGCGGCAGCUGCGGCGCCAGCUGCGUGUUCGAGGGGCGCAGCGCCAGCUGCCAGGAGAGCGCAUCCAGUACGCCGCCGACCACGCCUUCGCCCAGGAGACCCGCCCGACGCCUGCGUGAAGGCGUACCGACUGGUGCUCCACCACUGCGAGCCCUGCACGUGGUGCCCCCUGGAGGCCGCAGGCCCGGCUCAGCCAAGCGGGACCGGAGAGGACAGCCCGAUCCCCGUUGCCGCCGACCCUUGUUGCGUGCGCCCCGAGGCGGCCGCGCGGGCGGGGCGCGGUGCCGGGGGCGAGUUCAGGAGAGCGUUCCCGCAAACGGGGCGUCUCUGCCACAUGCAGGACGCGCGGGGCGGCGGGGCAGUCGCGGCGGUGGCGGGCCCCGUGGAGCCGGAGCCUCACGGCCUCCGGGAGGAGAUGCGGGGCGCAGACACAGCCCCGAGCAGAGGCUCCGCGGCCCGCGGGGCCGCCGGCCAUGCCUCGCGGGGGCGGCCCCGCAUGAGCGAGGGCGAGGUGGAGUACCACCAGGGCGAGGCAUAUUGCCUGAAGUGCCACGCUGGGCUGCGCGCCAGGAUCGACAGCGUCUCGAGGGCGCUGGAGAGCUUGCUGCUCGAAGUCUCGGGCAGCGAGGCGCUGGAGCCCUGUGCGCCGGGGGGGCCGCCCCCCGAGAGCCUCGAGGAGCUGAAGAGGGACGCCGCGCUGCUCGACGAGAAGAUCCACGAGGCCCGCGACGUCGGGGUCGACGGCGCGCUGUUGGAGAGGGCGCGGGUGGUCUGGAUCAAGGCCCUCGAGGCCAGCGUGUCCGCAAGGCAGGCGGCGGUGCGGGCCGAGGCCGACCGCAGGCUGCUCCAGGAGCAGGCCAGAUUCGCGGAGAGCAUGGCCGCCGCGGCGGGGAGGGACGCGCCGCCGUGGGUGACGGACGAGGAGUUCCUCGGCUCGUUGCGGGGCCCCGUGCGGAUCGAGGACACGGCCCUCCGAGGGGUGUCGCUGGGGCGGGUCUUGUCGUUGGCUGGCUACGUCCAGCACUGCCUCCAGCGCCACGACGUCGUAGACACCGACAGGGGCAGCCCCACAGAGGGGCAGCGCAUCAGGUGGGAGUCCAUUAACAUGUACCAGGUGUGCACCCAGUUCGUGAUGCCCCUGACGCGCAAACACGGGUGCUCUUACGUGGAGCUGGUCGGAGAGGGGGACGGUGCAGCCGGCGUGCCCCCAUUGUGGAUGACGUCACAUUGGUGGGGCACCUCGUUUGCACAGACCAUCAGCAUGCUGAAGUGCCACGCUCAAGCGCGCUAUGGCGGUAUCGAUACCCAUUCCCCCGAGGAGACCACGUAUUGGAUAUGCACACUAGCGAACAACCAGCACGACAUAGACAGCGAGCUCAACGAGGAUAACAUGAUGAAUACGCCCUUUGCGCGGGCGAUGCUGAAGGCCAGCUGCCAGGGCACCGUGCUGCUGUGCGACCCAGGCGUCAGAGUCCUUGAGAGAGCUUGGUGCAUCAUGGAGAUCCACAUCACCGAGCAGCUUCGCAGGAUGCCCGCUUGGGCCCCCGAAGAGAUUCGGGCGACCGACGGUGUGCAUUUCCUGGACGUGGUAUCGCCGGUGACCAGCCGCGACUUGCCGGAAGGUUUAGAGGAGCCGGAGGGCGGGUGCGCAGCGAUGUUUUUGGAUGUUGGCGAAGACGGUUGGCAUGAGCACGCCACGUUGCCAGACAUCCGUUUCCCCCUGAGAGUGGCGCAGAAUGGCGUCCUUAUCAACAUGAUCAGGAGCGAGGCGUCGAAACCAGAAGAUUGGAGGCGGAUCAUGAACUUCGUCGCUCUCAAGAGAGUGUCUCACAGCACCCCUCCAGCUCAGCAUCAAGAAUACGUGAAGCUAAACUUGUUUAUUCACGAGGUGUUCUAUUCUGCCGAGCUCUUUCGGUUGUGUCUAGAGCUUCCGGAGGACGCUGUCAUCCGAGCCAAGGAAUUGGUGAUGAAAGGGGCCAGUCCAAAUAAGAUUGUGCGCCGCGGCAACACCCCGUUUUUCGCGGCUGUGGGAGCGGAGCAGUUGCACGAUUACGACGAGGGGCAGAAGGCAAUCCAGAGGCAGAUGGUGGAGCUCUUGCUGGCCUCGGGGGCAGACCCCAACGUCGCCAACAACUCCAUGAACACCGCCCUGGACUGCGUGCGCGACGAGGACAUCGAGAGACUGCUCAAGGAGCGAGGCUGCAAGACCUUUGGCGAGAUGGCUCCCCGGCUCGAGAAGGCCAUCAACAGGCAGCUGAGGACUGCCGUCAAGGCCGGCUGCGGCAGGCUCGACACCUUCUCCGGCAGCGGCGGAGGCGGUUUGGCGGACAGGCUGUCUGCCGAGGGGUUGAAGAGCCUCCAGUCGGCCGCCGCGCUGAUGCACCGCUACCCCGGGGCGCCCUGCACGAUCAGCGUCCGACAGCAGAGGCGCACCGCGAACGGGGUGGCCGAGGUCACGGCGCUGGCCCGCGCGAGGAAGGUCCAGGCGGUGCUGCAGGCCGCCGGUUGCCGGAACCCCUUCCGCCUCGAGACGUCGUGCCCCCUGGCCACGCCCGUGCCGCCAGCCGUGGCGAUAAGGAUGGACCUUCAGAGGAUGGAUAAGAUCAAGGACUAUGGCGGUGCCAUUCUCCUCGGCGCUGACACCUCACCCGAGGCAGAAGGGGCGGAGGGGGGCGGGAGGAUGACGCAGGAGACCGACUCCGAGUCCGCUGGCGAUGAGUCAGAGGCCGGGUCCGAGCACAGCACGGGGUCGGAUUGGGACAGGGUGACGAGGCUGUUUCAGCGGUGCGAUUCGGAUGGAUCGGGCACAAUCAGUCGCGAGGAGCUGGAACGGGUGCUGCUGUCGGUGAAGCCCGACCUCACUCAGGAGGAGAUGACCGUGAUGUUCAAUUGCGCGGAUGCCGACCGCAACGAGAAGAUAGAUCGCAUGGAGUUCCUCGCAUGGAUCAAUUCGUCGGUCCCCGCCGCGAGCGAGCUGAAAGAGCAGCACUCGGGUCUCGCCGAGGUCUUCCGAUAUUUGUCCCACCGCAAAGCAAUCAACCACCUCGACCUCAUGAGCCGCGUGCACUACGCCAUGGGCAGGGACUUCCUCGGGCAGCCGGCGGCCUGCACGUCGGCCCUGGGAGCCAACCCAGAGCAGAGCUUGCACAGAGAGGCUUAUGCCUGCUCUGUGGAGGCCAGCGUGUUCCUGCGGUCGAGGGCGACGGAGUCAAAGCAGCCGCUCUGCUUCGCCGCCGCUCGCCCCCCAGUCGCCCCCUGUCCGCAGCCAUUCGGCUGUGAAGCCCUCUCGGCUCUGGAGCUGCGGGGCGAAGGCCUCGCCGCCGCGAGCGCGCCUCACCAGAUCGCUGCGGGUGCCCCGCCGGACUUGGCGGACCGCGCGGGGGGGGGGCCGGCGGGCGGCGCAAUGUUCGGGCCCUGCGGCGGGCAGCCUGGAGCCCCACCGCGCGGCGGGAAGGGGACCAGUCAGAGGAGGAUGGCGCUGAAGGGCCUGAGGCAGGGGGCUCUGGUGCUCGUCCGCUACGUCGAGAAGAAGUCCCCGGGCGUGGAGGAGAGGUUCGAUUACGAGGGGUCGAUCAUGGAGAAGCGAGUGGGCGGCGACAAUCGGGAGUCAUACGUGAUGCUGAAGGACUGUGUCCGCUUAAAUAGUGCCGGCGAGAUCAUUGCUCGGGAGGGCAACAGGAAGCUGAUCGACGCGUUCAUCGAGGAAUGCGAAGUGGUUGAGAAGGUGGAGCGACCCGUGAGCGCAGAGCUACUCGCAGCGGAGGCCAAGAAGGCCAAAGACAGUACGGACGGCGGAGCUGCGGCCGCAGCUGCCGCGGCCGCGGCUGCUCAGGAGGAGGAGAACACGGGCGCCAGCGUGGGCGCGGGCAUGAUGGGCAUGCCAGCGAUGGGCAUGAUGGGCAUGCCGAUGAUGGGCGGCAUGAUGCCGAUGGGCAUGCCGAUGAUGAUGGGUAUGCCCAUGAUGGGCGGCAUGAUGCCCAUGAUGGGCGGCAUGAUGCCCAUGGGCAUGGGCUGCGGCGGCUACCCGGAGCAAAUGGGCUGGGGCGGCUAUGGCGGAGGCUGCGGCGGCUGUGGCAACAUGGGUUGCGGCGGGUGCGGCAACAUGGGUUGCGGAGGUUGCGGAGGCUGCGGUGGGUGCAGCAACAUGGGCUGCGGGGCGGGUGGCGGCGGCUGCUGCGGCGGCUGUGGCAACAUGGGUUGCGGUGGCGGCUGCGGCGGAGGCUGUGGCGGCUGUGGCGGGUGCGGCAACAUGGGUUGCGGGGCUUGCUGCGGCAACAUGGGCUGCGGGGGCGGCGGCUGCACAGGCGGCUGCGGCAACAUGGGCUGUGGGGGCGGCUGCACAGGCGGCUGCGGCAACAUGGGCUGUGCGGGCGGCUACACAGGCGGCUGCGGCAACAUGGGCUGCGGGGGCGGCUGCACAGGCGGCUGCGGCAACAUGGGCUGCGGAGGCGGCUGCACAGGCGGCUGCGGCAACAUGGGCUGCGGAGGCGGCUGCACAGGCGGCUGCGGCAACAUGGGCUGUGGGGGCAGCUGCACAGGCGGCUGCGGCAACACAGGCUGUGGGGGCGGCUGCACAGGCGGCUGCGGCAACACGGGUUGUGGGGGCGGCUGCACAGGCAGCUGCGGCAAUGUCGGCUGCGCCGAGCUGGGUGGGCCGGACGGCCCCAGCGGCGUGGGCGCCGAGGAGGCCGUGCCCGCCGGGCUCGGCGGGCCCCCGGCGGCCGUCACGCUCGCCUGA